AUGGCUGCAGACGAAAACCAUCAAUUAGAAGAUGAAUUAUUUCUUGAAAUUGAUAAGCAGUAUUUCGGAACUGAAAUACUCGAUAGUGAAGAAUCUUUGCUAUUAUAUGGAAUAUUGAAGGCAGUAGCCGAGGGAAAUUUAGAGAAAGUGAAAAAAAUUGCCGCCAAUUCAGGAUGCCUAAAUUUAAAUGAUAGUAGUGGGAAUACUCCUCUACAUAUAGCCAUAUUAAAAAAUAACAAAGAAAUCCUAGAUUUUUUGCUUGCCCAAACGAAUAUCGAUUUAAACAUUAGUAACUUCAAUGGAGAAACACCCCUAUUCCUGGCAAUAAAAACAGGAGAAAUCGAAGUUGCUAAAAAACUCGUCCACCAUGGAGCAAAUGUUAACGUCCAAAACUAUGAAAAUGUUGCCCCAUUACACCUAGCUGUAACCUACCCAGACUUAGCCUUUGAACUGAUAUCAAAAGGAGCAUACUUAGAUGCCACAGAUUACAGUGGAGAUACUCCACUGCAUGAUGCUGUAGCUGAAGAAUGCCUAGAGACAGUGUGUAUGCUUCUUUAUCACAAUGCAGAUGCCAAUGUCAGAGGAGUGAAUAAUCUAACACCAUUCAUGAAAGCUAUAAUAUCAAAAAAUGCAGAGAUCCAAGUAACUUUAUUGAACUACGUCGAUGAUUUCAAUGUAGAAACUUAUGAUUACAUAACAACUCUAGCGCUGUCCAUCAUCAACAAGUCACCACUAGUUGAAGAGAUAAUAGAGGGCGGUGGCGAUGUGAACUAUGCUUAUGGCUAUGACUUAGUGGAUAUUUUCUCGUUGUGCCUUCAAUAUCCCAAUGCUAAGAAUUUCAAGCUGGUUUGGGAUAGGCUCAAGUAUGAUGGGGUUGAUAUGUCAUUGGGUAGCGUCCUCUGGAGGAUCAGUGGGACGCUACGUAAAGAGUUCUUCAAGCAAUACAUAGACAUCAUCAUUGAAAGCGAUAAUUUGGAACAGGUUGUCGAUUCUAUUAGUACAGCAGACGAUUUUUAUAUGGUCAUAGUCAGGUUUUGUGAUUUCUUUAACCAAUUAUCGCUUGAUCAGCUCACUAAAUUGACUUGUCGUCUUUUGACUUUUGGCUAUGUUGUAACGAGUUUUGAUAUGAGCAAAGUUUUUCUUCAUUAUGGUUACUGUGAAGUUUUCAAAAUAUUGCUCCAUAUGGAUAUAAGGCCCAUAGGACAAAGGCCCCCUGAUACCUCUAGAAUCAUUUAUGAUGUGAAUACUAAUAUGGAUACUUUAUUGAAUCAAGUUGUGUCUGUGAUCAAUAUAGAGUAUUUACACAAUACCAUUUACCAGAUCUUGGAUUAUUGUGUAUAUCCCAAACUGAUGAAUGGUUACUUAGAUUUAAAUAGGGAUGAUUAUGUUACUUUCAAAAUUCUUCAUUUACCUAGAGUACCAUCUUUAUUGGAAUUGUGUAGAAAUAAAUCUAGAGAAGUACUAAUUAGCAACUUCAAUGUUAAAACUUCCGGCCAACUUUACACUCUCAUUAAUCAUAUGGAAUUGAAUGGGGUCUAUAAGAAAAUAUUAUCUUUUGAAAAAAAGCUUUAUAUUCCUUCUUAUGUUUUUACACCCAAAACUUGUAAGAGACAAUACUAG